UACGCGACGGCGCUCGCCUCGGCGCCCGUGCUCACCAAGAGCGCCACGGCGUCCGCCGUCUUUGCGCUCAGCGACCGGGCGGCGCAGCGCAUCGAGGGCGGCGCCCGCGACGCCAAGCGCACGCUCACCAGCGCGCUGGUCGGCCUCCUCUACUUUGGCCCGGCGCUGCACUGGUGGCUCGCGAUGCUCACGCACUACGUGCCCGGCCGCAGCAUCGCAGACACGCUGGUCAAGACGCUCCUCGGGCAGUGCCUCUUCGGCCCGACCAUCACCUGCGUCUUCUUUGCCGCCUCGCUCGUCUCGGUGCAGGGCCUCGCCGCCGGCCUCGCCAGGCUGCCGGGCAAGGUGCGGCAAGACCUGCUCGUCACAUGGGCGAGCGGGCUCUGCUUUUGGCCCUUUGUCGACCUGUUGCUGUACCGCCUCGCGCCCGUCGCGUGGAUCCCGCUCGGCUACAACGUCGCCUCCUUCCUCUGGACCAUCUACCUCUCGCUGCAAGCGUCGCGGUCCGUGCCG